ACUGUUAAGUCACUCUGAUCUCUGAGCUCCAGGCUCUUACAGUUGGACACACCUUGCAAUGCCUCAGAAAGAUUCCAUGACUUUCUUCAUGGAAAAUUAUUGGAAUAGUAUGGACUGGCAGGAUUGGAUGGAUGAUGAGUUUGCAAAUUUCACCGGCACACCACCCACAGAAGAAUAUAGUCCCUGUAGGAUAGACACUGAAACACUCAACAAGUAUGCCGUGGUGGUCAUCUAUGCCCUGGUCUUCAUGCUGAGCCUGCUGGGAAACGCCUUAGUGAUCCUGGUUGUCUUAUACAGUCGGGUCGGCCGCUCUGUCACUGAUGUCUACCUGCUGAACCUGGCCAUAGCCGACUUGCUCUUUGCCCUGACCUUGCCUAUCUGGGCUGCCUCCAAGGCAAAGGGCUGGAUCUUUGGCACACCCCUGUGCAAGGUGGUCUCUUUUCUGAAGGAAAUCAACUUCUACAGAAGAAUAUUACUACUGGCCUGCAUCAGCGUGGACCGCUACCUGGCCAUAGUCCAUGCCACACGCACAAUGACCCAGAAGCGGCACUGGGUCAAGUUCAUAUGCAUAGGCAUCUGGGCCCUGUCCCUGAUCCUCUCCCUGCCCAUCUUCAUCUUCCGAAAGGCCAUCAAACCACCCUAUUCCAACCCAGACUGCUAUGAGGACCUGGGUGCCAAUACUACAAAAUGGCGGAUGGUGAUGAGGGUCCUGCCCCAGACCUUCGGCUUCCUCCUGCCCUUGUUGAUCAUGCUGUUUUGCUAUGGACUCACCCUGCGCACGCUGUUUGAGGCCCACAUGGGGCAGAAACACCGGGCCAUGAGGGUCAUCUUUGCUGUCGUGCUCGUCUUCUUGCUCUGCUGGCUGCCCUACAACCUGGUCCUGGUGGCAGACACCCUCAUGAGGCUCCGGGUGAUCAAGGAGACGUGUGAGCGCCGCAGUGACAUUGGCCGGGCCCUGGAUGCCACCGAGAUUCUGGGCUUCUUCCACAGCUGCCUCAAUCCCCUCAUCUAUGCCUUCAUUGGUCAGAAGUUUCGCCAUGGACUCCUCAAGAUCAUGGCCAUCCAUGGGCUCAUCAGCAAGGAGCACUUGUCCAAGGACGGCAGGCCUUCCUUCGUUGGCUCUUCUUCAGGGAACACUUCUACUACCUUCUGAGCCCCUGCCCCUGUUGCAGCCCCUCAGGGCUCCUGCCUGGCCCUCAGCACCCCAUUCCAAACCUCAUGCCCAGUAUCAAGGCAGCCUCCAUAUCAAGGCAGCCUCUGUUGUGGUUACAAGAAGUUACUGGGCCAUGUCCUUGUCAGACCCCCAUUGCAUGGUUUAGAAAACCUGCCCUGGGGGCCCCUCCCCUUACUGUAGUUGCUAUGUCAGCAGCUAGAGCUCAGUCCAUCCUACCACUGAGCCUAUAGCACUCUGGUCUCAGAGACACUUAGAGACAUUUAAAAGACAUUCUUUUUAAGUGACUACAGAAAGUUCCCACCAUUGGGAGCCAUUAGUGGCAAAUGGCAUUAGUUGCUGCCCCAACUCUCCCUUUCUUGCCUGUCAGCAAAGUCCACUUCCCUCGAGAGAGGCCAAAAAAGCCAGGUACUUCCUUUCUAAGACUCCCUUAUGCUGGGAGUGGACUUAUCAUUCACUUCUGACUAAUAAGAUUCAAGGGCAAUAGUGUGCCGGUCAAUCAUUCUGGGGAAAAAAGUCCUGACUUGUAGCA